AAUGAAUGCUCCAUUCCCAGAGAAAAUUAUUGAGAAAUUUGUACAGUUUUUUAUUUUAAUUCUUCAUAGAAUAAAUAAAUGGAAGUAUUUGUAAAGCAUGAAGAAUUAUUAAUGAAAUAGAGACAAGCAUAUGAAUAAAAACUUAAUAAUGUUUUUGAUCGAAAUUUACAACUUGAAGAGAAGGAUAGAAGUAUGCAUGAAUAAGUAUUUAUUCAUUUAAAUAGAUCUAAUCAUCAAGAUAUUAAAAUGAAUAGUUGAAAAUAUAAUAGGAUAAGCUAAAACAAUUAUAAGAAAUAUAGAAAUAAAAGAAAGACAAAAAAUAAGCAGCAAAUUAAUUAUGGUAAUAAGAACAGAAGUAGCAUGAAAAAGAAAUUCAAUAAAAGUUAUUUGAAAUACAAUAAAAGAUCAAAUAUGAAGAAUUUAAAAGAAAAACUGAUGAUUUAAUGAAUUAAUUAGAUAAUAAUCUAAGAAAACUCAAUAUGCGCUAUUUAGAGAAAUAGGAAAGGAAAGAGAAAUAUUUGAAUGAUUUCAUAACUUAAAAAUAAUAAACUCUAAAUACUUCAAUGCAGAUUACUGAAUCACAUCAUUAAAAUGUAUAUUCCAAUUAUUAAUAAUAAAUGAAAAGAAUAUAAGAAGUAAAAACUUUCUAAAAUUUAGAUAUGCUAAUUGAAACUUAAAAAAUAUGAAAACAAAAUCAAAUAGAUCAAUUAAUAAAAAUUAUCAUAGAUUGAUUAACUUACCUAAAAGGCUUAACAUAGUAUUGAACAUUAGGAAAACAUUAAAAAUAGAUAUUCUUAGAUAUACUAAAAUAAAUUAGCAAAUUUACAAAAUAAAAUGAAUUAUUUUUAAGAUAAAAUCAAUCAAAUCGAAAAAAAGAGAUUAUAACAAUUAUAAAUGAAUUAUCUAUAGGAAUAAGAAAUCAAUUAAAAGAGAAAUAUGGCAAGAGCAAAAUCAGAGAAUAUCUAUAGAAAUAAAUCUAUCAACAUUAUGAAUAAAUAAUUCGAAAAAGAAAAAACCUUUUAAUAAGUGUAAUAACAUAAUCAAUUACAAUUAUAAUUAAAAUUAUAGAAAUUAAAUUAAAAAUGGUAAACUCAGUAGAAUUAAGUUCAAAAGGCUGAUUAAUUAAAACAAUCAUAUUUUUCAUCUUUGGAAUUAAAAAUAACAUAGAGAGAUUAACGAUUAUAAGAUUAGAUGUACUAUAAUAAUAAUAAUCUUACACUAGUUUAAAUAAAUUGGAUAUCCAAAAGAGAAGAUUGAAAGUUAUUGAAGAUAUGGAAAGACAAAAAAGAGAUCUUCUUAUCAAAUUGGAAUAAGAUAAAGUUCCAAUUACAAAUACGUCUGAAAUGAAAUAUUUGUAUAGCACUCCAAAAUAAUAGUAAUCUAAAUUGUUUAUUACAUGA